GUCUGCAGUUGAAAGGGAUUCUUGAGUAAGUGACAACCGCGCCAGAAUAGAGAAUUUAACGCCAAAAAAUUAAUAAUAAAAAAUGGCAGUCACCUAAUACUUUUUUUUGUCAUACAAGAGUCUUAAAGUCAACCGAAAAAUACCAUUGUUAAAGGUUGAAAUUAAUGGUCUGGGAAAUAAUUGAAAAUAAAUAGUAAAAAAUUUCAUAAUAUUGAAUUUGGAAGAGAGAAAUUUUCAAAAAUGAAAAACCAUGCGUGUUUAUGGCUAGUGAUCAUAACGAUAUUGAGUGCUUGCACCUGUGGAGUGAGACCCGCUUGCAAUGGACCGACACAAAUUUCCGUCCUAACAGGUGUCCAUGAUGAUCCAGCCUGCAGGAAACUUUCAUCGAGAGGAGUGUUGCUAUUUGAAGCAUCCAGUUUUCUCACCGAGCUGCACAACAACAAGUCGAGUGGACUUCAAAUAGAAUUGGCCGUUAUGGACACGUGUGGUAGCAUUGCUGGAGCUAUGAAAGCUGCCAUGAAGGCUCUCGUUAGGGCAGAUGUCAAUUGCUUGCAACCACCCUACUAUUUAGGAAUAAUUGGUCCCGAUACGAUGACUAAUGCUGAAGCCGUACAGAAAGUAACUUCAGUACUGAGAGUACCUCAAAUUGUAAACAAAGCCUCCAACUCACCAUUUCUCCACCACUUGCCAAAAGAAUCGGAUGAAUACAUCGUUCGAGCUAUUCUUAAAACGAUGGAUGCUCUAAAUUGGAAAACAUUCACUCUCACGAUCCAGAAAAAAGACAACGAUGAUGAUGAUGUGCAGAAUAUUGCUAAGAAACUGACGAUGGAAGCCAUUGCUAAAGGGUUAUGUGUCUUAAUCCAUGAGGAUGACCAAAAUGAUUUUUCAUCGAAUAUCGUACACAUUGGAAAACCUGAUAGUCGAUUUUUCGCUGGUCCAGUAAAUGCAACAAUUUUAGUGGUCAGUGAAGGAAACUUACAGCCCUAUUUGAAUCAUAUAAGUACUACAAAUUCAGUGAUCCUCUUAGAAGAUGCCAGAAACGACUUCGAUGAUUUGGAACUCAGGGUGAAGAAAUCCAGGUGGUGGGCAGAAGAGGGAUCCGGAAGAUAUGACAGUGAAGAACUCAGAGAAGUCAGAUGGCUUCAAGACGCAGUGGAAGUUUACGUGAAUGCAAUAGAAAAUUUGUGUAAAAAGAAGAAGUGCAAGAAUCAAGUUAGCCCAACCGACUGGAAUAAUGCUUUGACUAGUGCACUGGCGAGACAAAACGCAGAAGCGGAAUCAGCUGUGAAAGUUAUGGAGAUUUUAAUUAAAGAUCAAAAUUCGAAAUUAGCUAUUUUGGGAAAAAUAAAAGUUGUUAACAAUAAAGCAACUAUCCACUGGAGAAACUCAAAAACUGACAUUGAUGAUAAUAAUAACGAUGACUCUUCAGAAAAUUACGAUGAUAACUUCGAAAUAAUUCCGAGCACUUUCAAAACACUGAUAUCAAAGGCUAUGGAAACACGAAGUGGCUGUGCUAUCUCAACGAAAAACAACGAAAAUACAUUUACUGAUGGUGAAGAUGAAGCCGCACGUGUCUUCGUUUCAGAAACGGAUGAGAUUGAAUGGUGGACAAUGAUACUUGUAGUAAGCGGAGUGGGAAUAGCUAUGUUCACUGUGGGAAUUCUGGCUGUUUACAUUGUCUACACAAAUAUUCGAGGCCCUAAAGUUAAAAAGACUCUAGAAAGGGUUCAUAGUUUGCGGAGCAUGGGAAGUCAACGACAACCAGCAACUAUCACAAGAGUCAUGCGAGGUCCUCAAAGGAGAGAUAGUAAUCACAGCGUUAUCAGCAAUGUAUCAGAAAAAAGUGUUUAAAAAGGAAAUUUAGAGAAAACAUGAAAAUGACAACUCAAAUUUUUUCGAAAUUAUGUUUUUAACGAUUUCAAGCAAUUUAGGACACUACACUGGAACCUGAAAUUAAGAAUAGUUUCGGUCAUGGCUUGCAGUGGCCUUGAACCUGAAUCCAGGGAUUAAAGUAACGUCAAUUCAGGGGCGCACGAACUAUUGAGACCCGCCUCUUUUUCGGUCCCGCGGUUCCCGCAUAUCCAAAAUGUCGCGGACAUCAAUUCUAGGAAUAUCCUAAAUCCGGGGUUCUUAAUUCCAGGUUCCAGUGUGUUUAAAGCCUGCUUGACAUCAGCAUUUUUGACAAUGCUAUCGACUAACAAAUUUUAAAAAGUCAACUUUUUAUUGACGUAUUGUAGAGCUGGCUUAAUUUAUCGAUACAUAUAAGGAAUAUAUAAAAGUCAUUUUUCUUUUCACUAUAAAAAAUUAUUUUUUAAAUUAUGCGAACAACACCUGCAUAAAGAUCGUUUGGUUUUUUCGCCCUUGAAAAAGAAAUUUUUAGAAAUUCACUUCCCCAGAACACUGUAAAUAAAGCCCAUGGUUUUCUAUAAUUUUAUUUUGGAUCGUCAUCUAGUUUUCAUUUUCAUGUCUUUGAGCAUUUUUGUUUUUCUUAAAUUAACUGCAGAAACAAUUUUUUUAUUUGAAUUAAACAUUUAGUCGAUUCUGUUAUUUUAUUCUAUAAAUAAAACAAAAGAAAUUAUCUAACGACGAAAUAAUUUCCUAAUUCAUGUUCAGUCCCUUUGAAAAAGAAAUAGACGUUUCUAGUUAAAUUGUUAUUGUCCUCAUUUUUUACAACAGAAAAAACUGCAUUAUUAUAAUUUUAACAAAAAUGGUGAAUCAAUUUAGAUCCAGCAGAGUUAGGUGUACAUUUAACAACAAUGGUAAGAAAUUAGUUGCAUUUAAAUUCAAACUUAUUAUUAAUAAUGCGAUGAUACAACUCAGAAGUCACUAGAUUUUAAUUGCAUAAAUGAGGUAUUAAUUGCGAGAAGUUCAAUUUAGAUUAGUAAAUUCGAGUGCUAUCAAUAUUGAAAUAUUCAAGAGAAAGUUAUUUUCAUUAUUACAUUCCAAAUAAUGUGGUUCUACUUGUCGACAUAAUGUAACUUUUCGAGUAAGUAUUUAUGUAAAUACUAUGAGCUCUGUACUAUAACUUAUUAAUAAAGGCCAGACACAUUCGAAAA